AUAAUGGAUUGGGAAUCAACUUCCCCACGUACACAGUACUUCAAGUGUUCCCUUGAUGCUAUUCAAACGCCCUGGGAGCAGGCCGGAGUACUCACAGAAUACGCACACAGUAGCAAGCCAGAAGUCUAAGAGUGGGCUCGUUUGGUCUCUCAACCCCGCCACAUCACACCGUCUCCAUUCAUACGACAGCACCAAGCGCCUCGCCUCCGCGGGCUGUUCCAAACGAGCCCUGCCCUUUGUCCUUUACUGGUGGAUGACCAAGAAAAGUCACACCUGCUCCCGGAAUCUGUCAUAGACCAAGAGUGCAUCCAAGUCCAUAGUAUCAUACCCACUCCAAGUGACUGGUGAUGCCAUGUCCUCUAAUAUAAUGAGCGGAGGAUGUCAUUCAUCGACAUCAUGUUUCAGGUGAUCGCGCAUGGCUGACCAGCCCUUAGGUGCUUCUUAUUCGCUGCUUUUGAAUUUCAACCAAAGUGGAUAUUAUGGUUUACUCGUUGCUGGACAUCUCUCCCGCCGUGUUGCCCCUACUUUCCCGAUCUACUUGUUCGACCCCAGAUUUGUGGUUCACCGAAUGACGGCUCGACACAAGACAAAGACCAGUUCGGGGCGAAUACUCAAAACAGUAUGGGGGUGAGCUACAUGACUGAACUGUCCCCAAAAUCCAAGGCAACUACCGAUGCAUCCCAC